AUGCGUAAACUAGUAGAUGGGAAACCUAGCACAGCUAUAUACAAUAUCAUGAUCCAUAGUUUCGUAAAGUACUGGAAAUUCGAAAAGGGUUUGGAUUUCUAUGGGAGAAUGAUUAAAGAUCGAGUGAAUCCAGACGUGGUCACUUUUAACAUAUUGAUUAAUGGGUAUUUUCGCAAUUCCAAAUUCGGGUUAGCAUUAGAAGUGUUUAAGGAAAUGAGGGUCAAGGGUUGUGUUCCAAAUGUGGUCACUUUUAACACUUUGAUCAAGGGAUUCUUUAGGGAGAAGAAGUUGAAAGAAGGAAUAGGAAUGGCAUAUGAGAUGAUUGAAUUGGGGUGCAGUUUUAUCGAGUGUAACUUGUGA